UGGAUAAAAAGAGUUUCUCACUCCAAUUUAUACUUUCUUAUCCCCUUCACUCCUCCCCCCAACCUCUUCCGAUCACCGUUUAAUUUAUCCGUUACAAAUGAUUUACGGUGAUCCUCAACAACACCAGCACCAGCAGCCACAGCACCAGCACCAGCAGCCACAACAACACCACCAGCACCGGCAGCCACAACACCAGCACCAACAACAUAUCCAACAGCAACCGCCUCUUGGUGGUGAUUUUCAUAGAGGGCAGCCACCGCCAAUGAUGCGACAGUCCUCCGCUUCAUCAGCCACUCUUAACCCGCUUGAUUACCACCACCAUCCGCAGGCCGCCCCAGUUCCUCCUCCUAAAUACGAAGCUAGUCAUGGUGAUGGUUACGGUGGAAAAAGGAUGAGGAAGCUUACGCAGAGGAGAGCAGUUGAUUAUACAAGCACGGUUGUUAGGUAUAUUCAGACUCGUAUGUGGCAGUGGGACUUGAGGGACAGGACAGUAUUGCAACAUACCCCAGCAGCUGCUAUCGAUAUGUUGCCUCCAGUUGCCUAUUCUGAUAAUCCAUCAACAAGCUUUGCCACAAAGUUUGUUCAUACAUCUCUAAACAAAAACCGUUGUUCGAUAAAUCGGGUUUUGUGGACUCCAAAUGGGAAACGUCUAAUCACAGGUUCUCAAAGUGGGGAAUUCACCCUUUGGAAUGGACAGUCAUUUAAUUUUGAAAUGAUUCUUCAGGCUCAUGAUCAAGCAAUCAGGUCUAUGGUAUGGAGCCACAAUGACAAUUGGAUGGUCUCUGGUGAUGAUGGUGGUUCAAUUAAGUAUUGGCAGAGCAACAUGAAUAAUGUUAAGGUCAAUAAAUCUGCUCAUAAAGAAUCAGUGCGUGGCUUAAGUUUCUGUAGGACAGAUUUGAAGUUCUGUUCAUGCUCCGAUGAUACUACUGUUAAAGUUUGGGACUUUGCUCGGUGCCAUGAAGAGCGUUCAUUAACAGGCCAUGGUUGGGAUGUGAAGAGUGUUGAUUGGCACCCUACAAAAUCUCUUCUGGUCUCAGGUGGGAAAGACAACCUAGUAAAACUCUGGGAUGCUAAAUCUGGAAGAGAGCUUUGCUCAUUUCAUGGCCACAAAAAUACUGUUCUUUGUGUCAAAUGGAACCAAAAUGGUAACUGGGUGCUGACUGCUUCAAAAGAUCAAAUCAUCAAGCUUUAUGAUUUAAGGGCAAUGAAGGAGCUUGAAUCUUUCCGUGGACAUCGGAAGGACGUGACUGCAUUGGCUUGGCAUCCAUUUCAUGAAGAGUACUUUGUUAGCGGGAGUUAUGACGGAUCCAUUUUCCAUUGGCUUGUGGGGCAUGAAACCCCCCAGGCUGAAGUUUCCAGUGCUCAUGAUAAUAGUGUUUGGGAUCUUUCAUGGCAUCCUAUUGGAUAUCUUCUUUGCAGUGGUAGCAAUGAUCACACAACAAAGUUUUGGUGUCGAAAUAGGCCAGGAGACACUGCCCGUGAUAAAUUUAACAUGGGUCAAAACCAAGGUUAUGGUGAGCAAAAUCCUGCCCUUGGUGGCCGCUUCCCUGGCAAUUUCCAUGUACCUGAACCACCGACAACUCCAGGACCAUUUGCUCCUGGACUGACUCGAAAUGAAGGAACUAUUCCAGGUGUUGGAGCUGCAAUGCCACUAUCAAUUACAUCGCUUGAUGCAUCGCAGGGAGAGCAGAGGCAGCCUCUUCUUUCUAUGCCCUUUGGAGUGCCUCCUCUUCCUCCUGGUCCACAUCCGUCACUUCAUGCAGCCAAUCAGCAGCAGGGAUAUCAGCAAAGUCCUCAGCAGCAGCCACUCCCUCAGCACAUGCCUCCUUUGCCUAUGCCACCUCCAAAUAUGCAACAGCUACUGCCUCCAUCCCAUGUACCCCUGCUCUCUCAUCCCCAUCUACCUCGCCCUCCUCAAAUGCCCCCUUGUGGCAUGCCUUCACCAAUCCCAUCUUCAAUGCCCGGAUCUUUGCCUACAUCAAUGCCUGGUCCAAUGGUGAUGCAAGGGACGAUGAGUCAGAUGGUACCUCUGUUGCCACAGGGCCAUUUUAUGGGCAUGAAUCCAAUGCACUCAGGAUCCUUGCCCACAAGUGCUGCCCCUCCAGUUGGCGGGGGCUUUCCAAAUGGCCUGCCCAAUAUGCAGGGCCCAUCAAAUGCCACAGGGGGGCAAAUGUAUCCACAGGGUGGUCCAUUCAACCAUCCUCAAGGUGGACAGAUGCCAAUGAUGCCUGGGUUUAAUCCCUACCAGUCUGGAAACCAAUCUGGUAUGCCUCCACCACAACCAUCUGGUCCACCACCACAUUCGCAGACACCUCAGUAGAACCGUUGUCGCAUCAUAAAGGCCUGCUGCCUAUGCCUUGAAGGAGAAAAAUGUCUUGCUGCCUGUGCUCAUACUAACAACUUUAACUUGUAGUCAUGUUCAUUGCGUUCCAUCUUGCCCCUUUUUCAAUAGCCACGUAUGAUUGGAAUGAUACAUACUUGUAUACUUUGAGACAGAAUUCAUCGAGCAGAACAUUUUGUACAAUGUUUUUCUAUAAAGAAUUUUGUUUAUAAAUCAUGCUGAAAUGAUAA